CACAAUGGUUAUUUUGGCUCGAUUGUUGCCCUGUGCGGUCCCUCACACCCUUUUACCAUGCCACCACCAACCUGCACAUACACUGAUCUGACAGAAAUGCAUAUGGGUGAACCUAAAAUAUACUUAAGAACAUUUAUUAAAUAAGAAUAUUUCAAUUGGUGUGGGCUACUUACAGUAAAAUACAUUUUUCUUUUACUGGAGGAUUCGGUGUGGGCGUAAUCUGCAAUUUGACCGCUAGAUGCCAGCAAACCCGAGCGCCCGUGCCCUCCCCACUUGAUGAUGCGCGCUCCCGAGGUCAAGUGUAUGUGCGCGGGCACCCAAACGCACGCAUACGGAGUGAAGAUGGCGAUGAGAGCAGUGCUGCGGUGCUUCUCUGCAAACUUACCCUUCGGAGUUCCCCAGCUGUCGCCCGCUGCGGCUCUGCCAGCGACCCGGCUGCUGUGGGCGGCGAGGACACUGAGCACCACGGCUGCCCGCGCCGAAGCUUUAAAGUUCACAGAUAAGCAUGAGUGGGUGCGAGUAGAAGGUGACAUUGGCACCGUCGGUAUCAGCAAUUACGCUCAGGAAGCUUUAGGCGAUGUGGUAUACUGCGGACUUCCCGAAGUGGGCCAAAGCCUUGAACAAAUGGAAGAGUUUGGUGCCUUGGAAAGCGUGAAGGCCGCCAGCGAGCUUUACUCGCCGUUGACAGGCGAAGUGAAGGAAAUCAACACCCAGCUGGCCGACAAUCCCGGAAUGGUGAAUAAAGCCUGCUAUACAGACGGUUGGCUCAUCAAGAUGACCAUCGACAGGCCGGAUGAGCUGCAAGGCCUCAUGGAUCAAGCGGCGUACGAUAAUUUUAUCAAAUCACUGGAAUAAUAAAUCAUUCAACUUGGCUUACUUUUGUACUUCAGUAACCUCUGGCAACAACCCUUAUCUUCUGUGCUAUUUAUUGUCAUACUGAAUUAGUGCAUGGGAAUCAUUUUUGUCUGUAAAUAGCUUCUGUUUGGAAGAUACAGAUUCAUUGAGUUGGUAAAACCACAUAAGGGCUCUUAGGAAUGUUGGGUCUAGUUUCUGGUGCUCUUGGUUUGAAAUGUGCAUAAAUGAGAUGGAAAACUGGACAGUGGUUAUAAGUGCCAUCGCCUUCAUGAAAUAAAACUUUUCAUUCUCCUUUGAGAAGAAACACGUA